CAACGGAAAAUGUUGUUUAUUUUGUUUUUAUUUCUAGAUUUCCAUUUUUCUAUCUAAAAAUACUUUAAAUCAAAAAAAGUAACAUAGUACUUGAAUACCGUGUGUGAAUAUAACAUUUAACAAAAUGCAGAUGUCGUCUAGAUCAAAAAUCUCCGAACUUCAAGUAAUAAUUAGUAGGAUGCCACUGGAAGUGUGUUGUGUGACCGCUCUGCCAGAAUUCGGCAUCCGCUGGCGGGAUGUGUCCAAAGCUGUGCGUAACGCCCGGCUACCGAUGACGGCGGCGAGCGUCGCUCGAGUCCUGUGCAGACAUGUGGCCAAGUCUCUGCCUGCCGAGGAGUUGGAAGAUAUUGUUGCUAGACUGCGGUUAAAAUUGGCAGCCAGCCAGAGCCGAACAUGGCAUGUAAUAGAGCUAUCGGAGAAGACAAAUGAGGAUUCUGUCACGAUGCAGAUCCACACACUUGCAGCACGGGUGACGCAGGCUCUGAGAGGCCGCAGCCGGAACAUGAGACCGGAGGUGCAAUCUGUGCUGAUAGAUGACCUGAUGUACAUCAGCAUACAACUGGUGUCCGAGACCAAGUCAAGCUCGGUGUUGUUCGCGGCGACCCCGCCCGGGGAGCCUGUGGCUUUGGUCAGCUCACUUGGUGCUAGCUCCAUGCUGAAGGGCCUCGUUGAAGGCCUCGGCUACUCUAAAUAUGAGGAUGCGAAUCUGUACGGACGAGACAUACGCUCCCUACUGCGCAUCCACGACAGGGGUUGGAACGAGAACGCGGACCAUCUCACGCAAAUACCCGAUUAUCAACCUGCACCGGUUAUCACCAACUCGGGCAUAGACUACACGAACAAAACAUAUGACAGCGAAUACGUUGACAACUUAAUAGGACCCGACCCACCUUUAUUGACCGAUCUGAACAUAAGAACGACAAAAUCGUUCUUCGAUCCGUCUAGGCUGAACAAACAGAUCAAUUUGACGGUGCAACUGAAGAGCGAUGACGUGGCUAAGACGUUGAAGAAUUGGGUUAUGAAGAGUGCUUUGGCACCGACGUCGGAUUUCUUUCAGAUUUUCCAUCAGAUCAAGUCGAAUAAAGUCACGUAUUGUAGGGAAGAUUCGGAUUGAAGUUUUUUUUUUUUAAAUGUUUAUAAUUAAUGAAUUGUGUGUGUUUUUAAAUCGGUAAUGAGGAACAAAAUUCCCUGUAUGAACAUACAUAGAUAAAGGCAUGUCUAUAUUCCUUGCAGAUAGACUGACCCAACUCUUGAAAGGACUGAUAUGCCAUGUUCAGCUUUUUGGCUUGAUGAUGGAAUUGAGAUUCAAAUAUAGUGACAGACUGCAAGCCCAUCGCCUAAAAGAAACUCAAGUUUAUAAGCUUAUCCCUUAGUCGCCUUUUACAUCCAUGCGAAAGAGA